GAAGAAAAGAAGAAGACGGAACCCAGUGUCUCACAUGUUUCCGGUCGGCUGUGUUUUGAGACUCGUGGAUGUUGUUGUUUGAAUAAAGCUAGCUAACAGUCCGUGUGUGUCUGUUUCAGCUUCAUCGUGCAAAGCGCCAUGGCUGAUCCAGGGCCUAAUAAGGACAACAUCAGAGCCGGGUGCAAGAAAUGUGGAUAUCCGGGCCACUUAACAUUCGAGUGCCGAAACUUUGUCAGAGUUGACCCCCAGAAAGACAUCGUGUUGGAUGUGAGCAGCACCAGCAGCGAGGAGAGCGAAGAGGAAGUGGCUGCAGCUCAUCGCAAUGAGAAGCAGGGGCGAAGUGGUCAGCGUCGCAGAGGUUCCCAUGAUGAUGAUGAUGAUGAUGACAGAAAAAAGAGACACAAACGGAAGAAGAGCAGAGACCAAAUGUCAAGAAAGAGAUCUGCUUCAUCAUCGAGCGAUGGCAGGACCACAAAGAAGAAAAAGAAACCCAGCAGGUCCUCCUCCUCAUCGGACGACGAGGCGAGUAGAAAGAAAAAGAAACUGAAAAGCCACAAGAAGAAAGGCAAAAAGAACAAACGAGAUCACGAGAAGAAUCACAAGAAGAAACAGAAGAAAAGGAAACACGAAACAUCUUCCUCCUCUUCUUCCAGCUCCAGUGACUCUUCAGACAGUGACUGAGACAACUGUGCAGUGUCUGGAGGACCAACAUCCUUAUUCUCCAGUCCAAUGUGUUUUAUAGACAUUGUGUAAACGAGGCACUGCAUCAUGUGUCAUACAAUUGUGCAUUACUCAGACAAUGAUUUAAAUUUUCAGUGGUUUAAAAUCACUGUAGAGUACACUGCACAGAGAUUUACACCAUGAUGCUACUGUAAAAAAAUUUGGAAAACAAAGUCAGGGAACAUGGUCUGAUAAAUGGGGUCUGGUCAUUUUACAUUAAACCGCUUAUGAGCAGAGUCUCUUUUCAUAUAUAUUUUUGAUUAAGCCUGGGUUGAUUCAUAUGUGUCCAGAUGAGCUUGUUUUUUUUCUGUCUUUUGUACACUUUGUUGUUUCAGUGCUUAUCUUUGAAAUUGUCCACAGAAAACAUUUUAAAAGGUCAAAUGCGAAUGCUAAACAUGAUUUGCCUUGGAAUAAUGGCUGAUCUAUUAGCCAGUAUUAACAAUCAGCCCACUUCUUUAUCUGUGUUGACGAGUUAGCAGUAGUUAAACUAUUAGCUAAAGAAGAGUUUUGGCAUAUUAUUGCUUAAAUGUUCAUAGAGUACCUUUGCUGGGAUGGCUUUGUAGUGGGAUGAAUCUCCAGGUGUUUCCUUGUAAGACAGUGUAGAAGUAAUUUGAUCAGUGCUGCAGAAUAUGAAAAGUUUGAUUAUCAUCAAGAGUUCAUUCCAAUACUUUAAUGUGUAUACAUUUUGGGAACUGUCAUUAACUCUCUUUGUACAGCGUUGUUUAU